CCCUUUCCGGGCGGGAGUUGACCACGUGGCGGAAGUGGCGCAGAGUUGUUUUUGUGUCUGGUCGCGCGAAAAUAAAUCCGGAUAUAGUAGAAUACAACCAUGAAGCGAUCCAAGUGGACCCACGUUUCGUCUGAAUGAUGCGAUAAACGUGAGAAACGUUUGGUUUACUUGGAGCAUUGCAUUAUAACGUCACUGCAGAGUGGAACUUUACACCCCGCUAACAAAGCGUUUUUGUUUGAGGUUAACGUUAUCGAAACAAAAUGCAAAUGCCUCACACAAUCCUGCAAAUAGAGUUUAGCUUGACACCCACCAGUCCUGCCGGACUGGUAGUUCUGGUGUUACUGUCGUCUAUCCAGUGGAUGGCGUCCUUGCAGCAUCAACAUUAAACUAAAUCAAAUAGUUGACCUGACAAACCUCUCGAUAUUUUUUUACGCCCGAUAAGCUGCGUCUUAGUUAUUUCUUACAUUCAAGGGGAGCGGCGGUACUGCAGGCUGACAGCGACCCCGUCCACCCGGAAUGUUCUCCGUGCACGCCGUCAGUCUGUGUGGAUUCCAGGGUUGUGUGCGCCGUGUUUCAGUCCUGACUUGGAUGUGAGACGUGGGAACAUCUCGACGUGGUUGUAGCCGUACAUGUCAUCCGUCACCCAGUCGGAAAACUUCCCCGCUAAACCGGACGACCGGAGAAUGGGAAUCCACCGGAGCUAGUUCCUGAAGAGACGGGUUCAGAAGAGCAGCCAGGUUCGUGCGGGGAUACGGUUUCCUGUUGUCGCCCGUCCGCCCGCGUCCAUUCCUCGGUCAAAUCAUCUUCAGUCCUGGUGAAAAUGCAGACCUUCCUCAAAGGCCGGAGAGUCGGGUACUGGCUCAGCGAGAAGAAGAUGAAAAAGCUGAAUUUCCAGGCCUUCGCCGAUUUGUGCAGGAAAAGAGGAAUUGAAGUUGUUCAGCUGGACCUCAACCUCCCCCUGGAGGAGCAGGGACCCCUGGACGUGAUCAUCCACAAGCUGACGGAUCUCAUCCUGGAGGCCGACCAGAACGACUCGCAGGCCGUGCUUCAGGUGCAGAGAGUGCAGGACUACAUGGAGGCCCACCCCGAGACCAUCAUCCUGGACCCCCUCCCUGCCAUCCGGACCCUCCUGGACCGCUGCAAGUCCUACCAGCUCAUACACAAGAUAGAGGACUGUAUGCAAGACGAGAGGCUCUGCUCUCCCCCCUUCAUGGUUCUGAACCAGGAGUGCGGCCCGGACACGCUGGAGCAGAUCGGGAAACACGGCAUCACGUUCCCCUUCAUUUGCAAAACACGGGUGGCCCAUGGAACCAACUCUCAUGAGAUGGCCAUCAUCUUCAGCGAGGAGGACCUUAUAAACGUGCGGCCGCCCUGCGUGAUCCAGAGCUUCAUCAACCACAACGCCGUGCUCUACAAGGUGUUUGUGGUGGGCGACGCCUACACGGUGGUGGAGCGCCCCUCCCUGAAGAACUUCCCCUUCGGACCCGCAGACCGGAGAGCCAUCUUCUUCAACAGUCACAACGUGUCCAAGCCUGAGUCGUCCUCCGCCCUCACCUCGAGGGACAACGUGGAGGGGCUGUCCCAGCCGCCCUGUGACCACGUGAUCCGGGAGCUCUCCCGCUCCCUGCGGCGGUCGCUGGCCGCGUCGCUGUUCGGCAUCGACGUCAUCAUCAACAACCAGACGGGGCAGCACGCCGUCAUCGACAUCAAUGCCUUCCCCGGUUACGAGGGCGUGCCGGAGUUCUUCAACGACCUGCUGAACCACAUCACCGGCCUGCUGCAGGUGCCCAGCGCCGACAGCCCCCCGGCCACGCCCGCCGCCGCCAGCGAGCCGCCCAAGGGGCCGACCGCCCUCGCCGCCCCCCCGAGCCCGGAGCCCCCCGCCGGCGGCUGCGGCCCCCCGGGCAAGGAGGCCGGGGGGGGGAGCCCCUGGAUCGUGGAGGGGGACACGGCGCUGAAGGGGGCCCGCCAGAGACUGGGCUGCAACUCGGCCGUGUCGCCCAACUUCCAGCAGCACUGCGUCUCAACCAUGGCCACCAAGGCCUCCUCGCAGUGACCUCCGACCUCCGACCUCCAGCCCCCCCCCCCCCCCCCCGGGCCCCCCCCUCCCCGAGGCACACCAUCCACCCUGACCAGAUGGGAUAACAACGCUUGACUCUAAUAAUAAGUGAUUGGUCAUAAUAGUUAUAAUAUAUCUGUAAUCAAACAAACAAAACUUUUUCCGAUUCGAUGGUGAUUAGGUGACGGCUUUCUUUCUCUCUCGCUCUGCCUUUUUGUAUGUUUGAUUUGGUCGCAGAAGACCUGACAAUGUGAUGUGAACCAUUGGGAACUCUGUAAUAACGUCUGUCGCUGAAGGGUGGGGGGUGUAUGUGUGGGGGAAUGCCCAUGUAAGGUGAUAAGGCCGAGAGGGACACUCGAUUUCGGCCCCGGGGAGAAACCCUCAGCGGGGCAGGUUUAACGUUCCGGUGGCUCGCUCCCGUUUUGUAUUCCGAUGACAUUCGCUCCUCUGACCCCGGCCCGCGUGGCCGGAGAACCACUCAAGGUGUUUUCAGCGUGGCGGACUUCCGACCAGACCAAGAUAUUGACGUCGGCACGAGGUCGGUCAUUCAGAGUUGUGAGCUGUUUACUAUUCUGCGUGCCAUCAACAUCAUGUCAUUCUCACAGCUAGCCAGUUGGAAAUAUAUUCAAGGACCCCCGCCGAAACCACCGCAGAAACCACCGUUCCAUUUUGUCGGUCCGGAGCGUUGUGUUGCUCCGGAGCGCUGUGGGUCGGUUCGGAGCGCUUUGGGUCAGUCCGGAGCGCUGUUGGUCAGUCCGGAGCGCUGUGGGUCGACCCGGAGCGUUGUGCUGCUCCGGAGCAUUGUGUUGGGCCUGUAGUGCUGUGGGUGGGCCCGGAACGCUGCAUCGGUCCGGAGCGUUGUGGGUCUGCAGGUGUUUAGUGUUGCUCCAAACAGCCCAGCGUCGUGGCUUGGGGCUCAGGCCCUGGUUCAGUGUUUUCCAGACAACACUAUAUAUAAAAUCACAUUCCGUUAUCCAAAGGAUUCCAUAGUGUUUGAAUUCCAAGUGCUUGAUCGGGGCUGCGGUCAAACGGCCUCUCUAUUUUGUCAUGCCUCUAAAUUACUUCCACUUCAUCCAUGUGGGAAACGGUGCAAAAGGUUUUCAACGGAAAUCUGCUGAAGAAGAUUUUUUUGGAAAUGAGACGUCAGUCACCUGCGGUGCCGUUUCUAUAGAGAGGUUUAGGUAAAUUACAAUUGACGAGACUAAAAACCAACUGACUUUUAUAUUUGUUUGUAAAAGUGAUUAGACUAAAACAAGUUGUAAACUAUUUAAUUGUCCACUAAUCUAAAUUGGAAUAGAUAAUUUGCGACGGUGACAGGGAUAUUUCCUAAUGAUUUGAUUUUUUGCUUAUGGAUCCUUUGACCUUCUAAUAUAAUAAAACCCUGACUUCAGCACUUA